CCUCCCCGGAGAGGGUCUGCACUCAGGAGCCCGAGGCCCUCUCACACGCUCGGGCAAGCUUUCCUUCCAAACCUCGGACCGACCGCCCGGCCGCAGUGAGCUGCUGCCGGCGUAUGGUCGGCGUCUGGGCCGCAGUGCGUUUCACUCGUGGCCCUCCUGCUCCCGGUACCCGCUCAGCAACAUCACCGAGGACAGACCCGAAUGAUAACUGCGGAUUGCCUCCGCCUGCCCGCCAUCUGAAACCGGUUCACUUGCAAUGAGCCAGUCCCAACUUUUACUGACAUCAGAAUGAAAGUUUCAAAAGUUUAUUUUCUCUUGAAGCAACUUUAUAUAAACUUUGUGCCGGUGGCUGAGUCGCAGAGGCCCCGGCGAAUUAUUCCAGAACAGUGAUGGUGAAGUUAAAUAUUUACAUGAUGCUGAAGAGCUGAUCCGCCCUGAAAGGAACACACUUGCUGUAAGCUUUGUGGAUCUGGAGCAGUACAACCAGCAGCUGGCUACCAUUGUUCAAGAGGAAUAUUAUAGAGUUUACCCACAUCUUUGCCGUGCUGUUAGGAAUUUUGCCCGAGACCAUGGAAAUAUUCCGCCAAACAAAGAAUUUUAUGUAGCAAUCCAGGAUUUGCCAGCCAGACACAAAAUCCGAGAACUAACAGCAGCAAGGAUUGGAACCCUGCUACGCAUCAGUGGACAGGUUGUUCGGACGCACCCUGUUCACCCAGAAUUGGUCAGUGGAACGUUUAUGUGCCUCGAUUGUCAAACAAUGGUUAAGGAUGUAGAGCAGCAGUUCAAAUACACACAACCAAACAUUUGCCGAAAUCCAGUGUGUGCCAACAGGAGGCGAUUUAUGCUGGACACUAACAAGUCACGAUUUGUUGACUUUCAGAAGGUUCGUAUUCAGGAAACCCAAGCCGAGUUACCUCGUGGUAGCAUUCCCCGCAGUGUGGAAGUUAUCUUGCGUGCGGAAGCUGUGGAAUCAGCACAGGCUGGUGACAAAUGUGACUUCACGGGAAUGCUUAUCGUUGUUCCUGAUGUAUCUCAACUGACUACACCAGGUAUCCGUGCUGAAACUGGGUCGCGUGUCAGUGGUGCUGCUGGAUACGAAACAGAAGGAGUCAGAGGUCUUCGUGCUUUAGGUGUACGUGAUCUGUCCUACAAACUGGCCUUCCUGGCAUGUCAUGUGGCGCAGACUAAUCCACGGUUUGGUGGUAAAGAAAUAAGAGAAGAAGAACAGACAGCAGAAAGUAUUAAAAAUCAGAUGACCGCUCAGGAAUGGGAGAAGGUGUUUGAAAUGAGUCAGGAUAAGAACUUGUACCAUAAUCUUUGUACAAGUCUUUUCCCCACCAUUCAUGGUAAUGAUGAAGUAAAACGUGGAGUCUUACUGAUGCUUUUUGGAGGAGUUCCUAAAACUACCAUGGAGGGUACUUCUCUACGUGGUGAUAUUAAUGUUUGUAUUGUUGGAGAUCCAAGCACAGCUAAAAGCCAAUUCCUUAAGCAUGUAGAGGAGUUCAGUCCUCGGGCUGUGUACACAAGUGGCAAAGCCAGCACUGCUGCAGGUCUGACGGCUGCCGUUGUGAGGGAUGAAGAGUCGCAUGAAUUUGUCAUUGAAGCUGGAGCAUUGAUGCUUGCUGACAACGGUGUUUGCUGUAUUGACGAAUUUGAUAAAAUGGAAACAAGAGAUCAAGUCGCUAUUCAUGAAGCCAUGGAACAGCAAACCAUUUCCAUCACUAAAGCUGGAGUCAAAGCUACCUUGAAUGCCAGGACUUCUAUUUUAGCUGCAGCAAACCCAGUUGGUGGACGGUAUGAUCGUUCAAAAUCUCUCAAACAGAACGUAAAUCUCACAGCCCCAAUCAUGUCUCGAUUUGAUUUGUUCUUCAUUCUAGUUGAUGAAUGUAAUGAGGUAACAGAUUACGCCAUUGCAAGGCGUAUCGUGGACUUGCAUUCUCGAAUUCAAGAAUCCAUUGAGCGGAUCUACUCCUUGGAUGAUAUCAGGAGGUACCUGUUAUUUGCAAGGCAGUUCAAGCCAAAGAUAUCAAAGGAAUCUGAAGACUUCAUAGUGGAACAGUACAGACGACUUCGUCAGAGGGAUGGAUCUGGAGUAACCAAAUCGGCAUGGCGAAUCACAGUGCGUCAGCUGGAGAGUAUGAUUCGACUUUCUGAAUCCAUGGCUAGAAUGCAUUGUUGUGAUGAGGUACAACCUAAGCAUGUCAAGGAAGCUUUCCGGUUGCUGAACAAAUCAAUCAUUAGAGUGGAGACACCAGAUGUAAACUUUGACCAAGAUGAUGAAGGAGGAGAGGAAAUGGAGCAGGAGGUCCAUGAAGGGAUCAAUGGACAUUCUGAAAUUCCAAAUGGAAUUAAUGGUGUCAAUGGCCAUUCUGAAGACAGUAUCAAAGAAGUGCCAAAAUCCACAAUGAGACUGUCUUUUGUGGAGUAUCGCAAGAUUUCCAACCUUAUUGUCAUCCAUCUCCGGAAACUAGAAGAAGAAGAUGAAGAUGCUUCGCCAAAGAAGAGUGAACUCAUUAACUGGUAUUUGAAAGAAAUUGAAUCUGAAAUUGAAUCGGAAGAAGAACUGAUUAACAAAAAGAAAUUAAUUGAGAAAGUUAUUUACAGACUUAUUCAUUAUGACCACAUCUUGAUUGAACUGAAACAGACUGGUCUGAAAAGCCGAAAAGGAGAGGGUGAUGAAGUUUUGGAGCAGGAUCCCUACCUGGUGGUUAACCCCAAUUAUACUUUGGAAGAUUAAGUGCCAAAUGUUACACUGGAUCAUCGUGGAAUCUAUAGUUACUUCUAAGAAUAUCACUGAAACACUCAAAUCUCUCAAACUGUAGCCAUAAAACAAGAUUUGAUAUCACCUAAUUCUCUCAUCCAGUGCAGAAUUGCUUUGGGUUUUGGCUCUGAACAGAUAUUGAAAUGCUCAUCAAGGAUAAAACAAAUGGUGCCUAGCACAUUUGUUUAAAUCUGUUUAAUUUUGGGAGCUUUUAUGCUUAUUUUUGAAGUUCAGUGGCAUUUUGGAUUGAAUGGUGAAAGGAAAUUAUAGUAUGCACUUUAAAAUUGUAUUCACAACUUUUGCUGAUAAAAUAGUUUAAAAUGCAGACAUGUUUCCUUUCACAUUGCUUGUUGCAUUUUGCUGGUUACAAUUUACUGAUUUAAAAUGAAUUUAAAAAGGAAAGGUAUAAGAAUAUUAUUUUGGAUAGUAUGACUGGAUAACCUGCAUUUAUAUUAAAACUAGAUUACAACGAUUGCAUUAUGUUUUUUAAAAAGGCCACAACCUAGAUGAAGUUGAAUUUUGAUCCCAACGCAAGUUUUAAGAUUUUAUGAAAUCUUGUUUUGGUGGAAUUUGAAGGAGUGAGCAAAUUUAAUUUACCCAUGAGGCUAAUUUAAAGCUAGCUGUGCAUCUGAGGCAAUUGCUGUAAAUAUAUUUCAUGUAGAAAGGCUGCCCUGAAAUUGGAUGGCUUUAUUAAAUAUAAAGCAAAAUAUAUUUGCCCAGUGUUGUCAUCCUGCUAAUUUUGAGCUUCUAUCUAUACUUCAAUUUCCAUUUUAGCUGUCACUUUCUAUUGUUUAAUCCUAACACACAUACAUACACACACACACGUGUGAAAUUGCUGAACAGUGAAAUGGGGUAUUUAACCAGUUGUACUCUUGUAUAGGCCUUAACUAUUAUUGCAAGUGUGAGAAUAGUAGAGAGAAGAAUAUUGCCUAUAAAAUCUCUUUGUAAGAGAAGAGAGAAAUUGGACAUCAACAGUAAUGUAGGUUUAUACUGUGCAGAUCAGAGAAGAUGAUAAAUCUUGAAAUAUCUGACUUGAGGUCAAUUAGAUUAUACCAGACACAAACCUGGUACAAACUGUUGUUUGACUGAUAGAAUAAAUUAUUUUAUGGGGUGAUGACCUCUUGUCAGAUUUGAUGUAAUUGAGAUUGUGGAAAUCGUAUUACUUGACUUUCCCCAGAGAUCUGUUCCAGGACAGGUUUGAAAUUGAAAGUGUGUUGAAUGAAUAUCUUCACCUGUUCUUUGCAAUUUAUUGUAUAAAUGAAAUCCACCCUACAGGUUAAGGUACAAGUGUUGAAUUUAGCAUACACCCAUUAUACUUCAAAAUGUUACAUAUGAAAUCUAUGCCAUGCUUUUUUAAUAAAUCUUUGUUAAAGA